CCUUUUGGCGGGGGGCGGCCUGAGAGGGAGGGACCGCCCGAAGCGACGGGCAACGAGCUGGGGCUGGUUCCGAUUAAUAGAAAUAAAAAAGCAUCGCGCUUAACGACUAACGCUUCUUUAUUGAUUUGUCGUUACUAACAGCGCUUUGGCAGCAAGCGUUUCUGUAGCAGGCCGCGGAAACGUGAAUUAAGCGUUGCCACGCAUAAGAACUAAGAGUUGAGUGACAUGUGCAAUGGCCGGCUCUUUAAGAGGUGAAGUACUGAACCUUUAUAAAAAUCUGCUGUACCUUGGAAGGGAGUAUCCCAAAGGAGCAGACUACUUUAGAAGCCGGUUGAAAGCAGCUUUUCUAAAAAACAAAGAUGUGAAAGAUCCUGAAAAAAUUAAGCAGCUAAUUGCACGAGGAGAGUUUGUUAUAAAAGAGUUGGAGGCUUUGUACUUCCUCAGGAAAUACAGAGCUAUGAAAAAGCGCUACUACAGUGAUGACAAAGAAUAACUGCUGCGACUCUAAUGAUACAAAGCCGUAAACAGCCAAUAAAAGAAAUGAAACUUCACAAGAAAUAAACAGUAAAUCCUUCCACCUAAUUUAGAAUGCAAAUUGGGACUUCAUUUACCCUUAAGGAGGUGUUGGAAAGAUUUGGGGUCUGUAUUACUCAGGUAAUUUUUUCUCAACUUCUUUUGGCCUCCUUGAACUAUAAUUGAGAAUAAUUCUGCAGGCAGAAGUGGUGAUAUGGUUGUGUUUCCCCAUAAGUGCUGAGCAGAUCAGUGCUUCUAUAUUGGUUCGGCUGUGCGUUGCAAUGCUGAUUUGAGGUGCUGCGCAUCUUUUGUCAGUUAGAAGAGGAAUCUGGGUUUGAAAGUCGUCCACAUUUAAUGAAUAUUUUUCACCACAACUGAGCACCUUCUCAGAAGGAUAUUAAGAUUUUGGCUAUAUCUGCAUAACGUACAAUACAUCGACAGACUGACAUCUUACUGUGAUGCAAAGAACACCAGUGAGUCAGGAAGGGAAUGGACUGGAACGGAAAUGGUUUAAGUACUCAGACCCCAAAGACAAUUCCUGCAGCUACUGAUUUCUGAUGCUGCGUAACUGCCUUAGCAUGAGUUUAGAACUUGAUCCUCUCCCCUGCAUGAGAAGAUUGACCCUGGCUGUUUGUUCCAUGGAUAACUUUGUGAACUUUGGCUCAACGGGCAGACUUUCACCUUAACUAUUCCUCUCUACAUGCUCUGCUGGUUUGCUGCUUUGGUUUUUCUCACAUAGAAUUAAAUGACGCUGGAGAUAAAACAGAAAAGAUCUUUGAAAUAUAGGACACAGUCAGUACUAAGGAAAUACUUUUAUUUUCUCUAAGUUCGCAAAAGGCAAUUGAUAGAGGUGAGUGUGCACAGCUGGGAAUGAGUACAGAAUGACUGUUCUGACCAUUUCAGGCUUGCAGACAGAUACAAAUUCCUUCUGCCAUUAGAGUAAGGAAAACCUGAUCUCUGUGCCUGGCUGGGAGUGACGGUUCUUCGAUUCAGGGAAGAGAUGUCUACAGGCACCUACAACCCAGACUUAAACACCUGAGGCCGGGCCUUGCUCAGAGUGCAGAGCCAGCACGGCCCACCAGAGGGCUCAGCGUUACCACGCGCUGUGCUGUGUCAGUGCUGCUUAUGGCAGGCAAUGAAAA